CAGAGACGUCACCAGUAGUUUAAAAUUUUAAAACAGCUGCUUUCUCCUAUCUGGACGUCUUGUGUGUUUUUUGGAGGUUGAAUUCACAACAAAAUUGCAGCGAGCGAUGAGGGCGACGGGCGAGCGUUUGAAGCAGAUGGUGAGAAUCUUUCGGCGAGAGGGCCGCCGGGCGCUGGAGUCGGACAGGACCACCGUUCACGGGGCCGACGCCAUGUUGAUGGUGCUGCAGCUGGUCUUGGCAGAAGCCAAUAAACAAGAAAAGGGCGAGUUCCGAGCGGACCUCAGCGACGUCCUGCUGGCGUGGAAACACUUAGUCGUGGACAAACUGGGCCUGCGGCCCCCCGACGACAACGGCGAGGCGGCGCGCUCCGAGAGGCGCGAUGUCAUCCUAAACGCGUACGAGGCCUUCCUGAAGCGCUCCAACGCCGUGGACCUGGUCCACGUCCUCCUUCUGUACGAACGGCUGAGGGACACGUCGGACCCCGAGGAACCAGUCAGCCGCGUUGAGCUGUACGAGUUCCUAACAGGCAGCACUGAAGUCUCGGCCGCCCCCGACCCGUCGGCCCCGUUGACACCGCCCGCAAAAGUCCGAUCGCACGGCUCCCACCUCCGAUCUGCAGUCAGAAGAGUCUUCUGCUCCUACCUGAGCUUGCUCGUCAACGCCAAGGACGACCUGGCCCUGGCGCUGACCCUGGAUGUCCCCAGCCGGGGCCUCGGACCACAGACGUUCACGGACAUUAAACACGCGGCGCGGCGAUGUGGCAUGUCCCUCUUUUUGGUGGUAACGUCGUUCGUGAGAGCCAUCCAGCUGGGCGGCAAGGGCUACGCGCCAGCGCCCUCGGAUCCUCUCAGGAAGCACGUCAAGGGUCUGCUCGCCUUCGUCCACUUCCUGGACAGCCUGGAGGAGAUCCUGGGGGAGACGCCGGACACCAGUGAGUGCGGAUCCAAGCUGGUGUCCGCGAUCCGGGGGGCUCUGGUGAAGGGUUGCGACUCCCGAGACGUCAGCUGCGCCGCGGAGGAGACGGCGAGCCAGCUAAAGGAUGAACUCUGCAAACUGCACCAAGUCCAGAAAGAGACUGCAGCAGGGACUGGGAUCAGCCCUGCCAGGCCGAAGGCGUAUGCCGUGAAUCACGCCACCGCGUACGGCGGCCGCGAUGCGGUAAAGUUGCUUCUGGCUCUUCUGGAUGAAGAAGCAGCGACGCCACCAAGCGCCAACAAGGCUGACCUGCUGUCUGAGGACCAGCCUGCACUCAACGGGAGCGAGGCCACAUCAGUUCUCACCUUGUUCAGAUCUCCUGAAAUCUCAACUGGAUCUUCUCCAGAACCCCUGAAGAAGAGAGUCCAGACUCGCUUCAACCUGUUCAGGUCGAAGCUAGAGCCCAGAGUCAUCCGAUCCCAGUUUGCCUGCACCUACCUAGAUGAGGAAGAACCGCCCCUCAAUCGCAUUCUGGACUUCCGGAGCUCAAGCCAAGCGCCCACCUGUGUGCACCCGGCACCCAAACCCAAAACCUCACCACCGGCCUCAGCUGAAACUUCUGAGCUCCUCCUCGCACUGGCUCCCAAGAGCGGGAACGCAAACCUGGUCCGAGCUCCAGGUUCGGGCGACGCAGCCAAGAAGAGGAAGCGGGCGGGUGUGGAAAGGGAGAACGAGUCGGCGGAGAAGAAGAAGCGGCCGGUGAAAGCAAGCGCCGGGAAGAAGAUGAAGAUGAAGAUGAUCGCCGGACAGGCAACGCUGACCAGCUUCUUCAGAGUCUGAAUACGCUACUCUUUGGGGGCUGUUGAAACGUUUCUGUUUUUAUUUGAAAUUGCACAACACGCGGUGAAAAAGCAUACUUUAUUGGGUGAGUGUCUGGGUUCUUAUGGAGGGAGUGAUCCAUUGACCUUUAUUUUGAAAUUCAGGCUCAGCAACGUUAACUUCAGCUUUGUGAAGUACAUAAAAAAAAAAAAAAGCGGCGUUUUUUUUGGGUCACACUCACUGGAGGAAAGGAGCACUUUUUGGAGUAUUUUGUCGGUUACUUGCUAUCAGUCAUUCCAGUUAGACUCAUUUUGAAUUUCGAACGCAAAAAAAGUUCGACUCACGUGC